AUCUGGUGUGUGGUUUACAGAUGGGGAGGUUAUUUGUGGAGAAUCUUGAAGGGAAAGUCUAUAGCUGCAUGUACUGCAAAAUACAUCUUGCACUUGUUGAUGAUAUUGUUUCCAAGUCCUUCCAGAGCAGGCUUGGGAAAGCAUAUCUCUUCAGUAAGGUGGUGAAUGUUUCUUCUGGGGAGAAGGAAGAUAGAAUGAUGAUGACAGGGUUGCACACUGUAGUGGAAAUCUUCUGCAUUGGGUGUGGAUCAAAUGUGGGGUGGAAAUAUGAGUUUGCCCAUGAGAAUGACCAGAAGUACAAGGAAGGAAAAUCCGUAAUUGAACGGUUUAAGGUGUCCGGUCCUGAUGGAAGCCACUAUUGGGUUAGCCAUGAAACACAUGUUGGUGGAAGUGAUGCAGAUGAUGUUUGACUAAACCGAUGAAUUCCAAUUGUACAUUCUUUUACCCCCUAAAAUCUCUCAUUCAAAUAAUCUGAAUUCUUAAAAAAAAGGGCUUUCUUAUUUAAACACCUUCCAUGCUGUUAAAGAACAUAUGAUAGGAAAGAUUGAAAUCUUGAUUCUGAUUUAGUUAC